AUGUGUUAAAAAGUUUUGCAGGUAAUUUGGCCUCCUGGGAUGCUGUCAAGAGUAAAAGUGGAUGGAAUCCUUCUGAAAGUGGUAGAUUUGGGCUAAACUAAUUUUUACCUGGUUGUCAACUCAAUAAUAUUUAGCCGGAAUGGAUGCUUUCAACAACAUACUUCCUCCAAUAAGUGGAAACAGUGAUCUUGUUGGUUCACAAGCAGAAAUACAAAAACUUUUAAUUGAUGAAAGAAUGAGGUGUGAAAAUCACAAAACAAAUUAUCAAACUCUAAAGGCAGAGCAUACAAGAUUACAGGAUGAGUAUACAAAAUCACAGAAUGAGUUCAAACGGUUGUUAGCUGAAAAGCAAACCAUCCAUGAAAAAUUUCAGUUUCUUCUUGCUGAGAUCCGAGGGGAAUUAUUAGAUAAAACUAGGGAACUAGAGGAACUGAAGAUGCAGGUACUAACUCCUCAAAAGCUGGAGUUGUUAAAAGCACAAAUACAACAUGAAUUGGAAACCCCUAUGAGAGAACGCUUUCGGAAGUUAGAUGAAGAGGUAGAAAAAUACAGAACUGAAUAUAACAAACUUCGUUAUGAACAUACGUUCCUCAAAUCAGAAUUUGAACACCAGAAGGAAGAACAUACACGUAUUUUAGAAGAGAAAAAAAUGAAGUAUGAUUCUGAGAUAGCAAGACUGGAUAAAGAUAAAGAAGAACUGCAUAAUCAGCUGCUUAGUGUUGAUCCCACAAGAGACAAUAAGCGCGUGGAGGUACUCCUAAGAGAAAAGGCUCAGCUACAUCAAAAAUUAAAAGGUUUAGAAGCUGAGGUAGCAGAACUAAGAGCAGAGAGAGAAAAUAGUGGUAUGCAAGCAGAAAAUGUUCAAAGAAUACAGGUACGACAGUUGGCAGAGAUGCAGGCUACAAUGAGAUCUCUGGAGGCAGAAAAGCAGUCAGCUAAGCUCCAGACUGAUCACAUUGAAAAAGAACUACAAAUGAGUAAUGAGCAGAAUACUCUCUUAACCAGUAAAUUGCACAAAGCUGAACGAGAAAUCAAUGCCUUGACCACUAAAGUAGAUGAACUUAAGCAUUCACACAAAUUAGAAGUAACUAAUGUCAGACUGGAGGCAGCAAGAGCCAAGAGUGAGGUAGAAAGAGAGAGAAACAAGAUUCAAAGCGAAAUGGAUGGAUUGCAUUCAGACAAUGAAAUUCUCAAGGCAGCUGUCGAACGUCACAAAGUGCUUUUAGUAGAAAAGGAUCGUGAGCUCAUUCGUAAAGUACAAGCUGCCAGAGAAGAAGGCUUUCAAAAACUUGCAGCAUUACAGGAAGAGAAAUUAGAACUUGAGAACAGGUUAGCAGAGUUAGAAAAAAUGAAAGUUGAACAAGAUGCUUGGAGGCAAUCUGAAAAGGAUGAAUAUGAAGAGAAAUUGCGUGUUAUGCAGCUGGCAGAAGAGUCUAGCAGAAGGGAGCUUCAGAAUGUUAGGUUAAAACUUCAACAGCAAAUUAUUCAAUCUGAGGAGUUAGAAAAAGAAAAAAGUGAAAAUACUGAUCUUAAACAGCAAAUUAAUGAUUUACAACUCCAAGUGGCCUCACUGUCUCAGUCUGAAAGCGACUUGCUUGAGUCUAAUCAAAAGCUGAAGGAAAUGUUGGAGAGAUUAAAACAAGAAUGUCGCAAUGCAAGAAGUCAAGCAGAAAAAGCUCAGCUAGAAGCAGAGAAGAUGUUGGAAGACAAACGUGUAGAGUGGUUGGAAGAAAAGCAUAAACUUAUUCAGCGUACUACAGAAAAAGAAGAGAAGUAUGACCAGGUAAAAGAGAAACUACACCGGGCUGCUAUUGCUCAAAAAAAGAGAAAGGCUCUCAAUGACAACAAACAAAAGAGGCUGCAAGAGAAAAUAGAACUCUUGGAAGCAAAGAGAGAAGAACUAGAAACAGAAAACCAGGUGUUAAAUAGACAGAACGUUCCCUAUGAAGAAUACACACGCCUUCAGAAAAGACUAAAGGAUUUACAGCGCAGACACGAUGAAUUCCGGAGUUUAAUUCUGGUUACUAACAUACCGUCACUCAAAAGAGUCAACGGGAUCUCGUCUACUUUAGUGCCCAGGCCUGAAAUAACUUUUCCCCAUGUGCAGGAGGAACAGCAUCAAAGGGAGCUCUCUCUACUUCGCAAGCGACUGGAAGAUCUGGAAACCACACAGAAAAAACAGCUGGAAGAGCUUGGCCCGUAUGGAGAGCGAGUUAGGCUAGGAGUGCACUGUGACUCUAGUAGAAGCAGGAUGGUUGAGGAGGAUGAUCUACAAAAUGACGACUCCAAAUAAUGCCUGCAAAUCUUAACUACCACUUGACUUCACUCUCUUUUUCUUGUGUAGGUUUUAUUGAGUGCUUUGCCAAAAAAUAUUUUUAUGUACCUCAGAUUAGAAGAAAGUAUGAAAUAUAUUCUCCAUAGUUCUGUAUUUUUGAUAGAAUCCAAUGCGUUUAGUCAAAAUCAUAAUUCAAGAUAAAGUCUAGACUUUGAGAAAUUUGUCUUCCAGGUUACAUGUAUAGCUAAAAAAUAUGUAAUGAUUGUGUUGCACAAAAAUGAUUCUUUAAAAAGAAUUGUCAAAUUUGAGGUUGCAUUGUGAGCCAUUUAAAAAAAAAAAACUUGUUUGGAAAAAUCUGUUGGAAUAACUGUUUCUUCAGGGAUCUUCCCUGCCCUUUCAUGCCUUCCUCCCCACUAGGGAUGGAAAAACAAUUUAGUUUCGUCAUUUAAUCAAGUCGAUGGAUUUUCCAUCAACUUGUUGAUUAGCUGAUAAGUGGAGAGGUGCACCAGGUUUAGUUCCCAUCCUGGGAACUAACCCUGCUGAGGCUGUAUUAAGAGCCUGUUGGCUCUUAAUACAUUUAAAAGGCUAAAGUGCAGCAGGAGGGACUGAGUGUGAGCCAGGACAGCUGAUUCCUGGCUCACGCAGGGUCCCCCACCCUCACUGCGCCCCAGCCUUUUAAAUGUAUUUAAAUAUUCAGCUGGAAUCAGCUGUUCCAGCUCGGGCAGUGUCCCUCCUAUUGCGCUGUAGCCUUUUAAAGAGCUAUACAUAUAACCUUAAUACGUUUAAAAGGCAGGUGUGCAGGAGGUGGGACCCUGCGUGAGCUAGGAAUCAACUGAUUCCAGGCUCGCGCCUAGUCCCCACUACCAUCCUGCCUUCUGCAGAGAUGGUGCUGGGGGGAACUGGCUUUUAAGUUAGUUCCCCCCAAGCACCAGCUCCUGUUCUCCCCCCUCCCCCCCUUGCUGCCUCUGAUAAAGGCAACAAGGGGGGGAGCACCUAGUUGAGGGACUAGUUGACUAUCUGAUACAGGAUUUUGCGUGAUACAGGAUUUGCAAAGAGAUGAGAGAGGAAAAUGGGUGAGACUUUGGACCCAAAUGAAGCGUAACAAUGUACCUUUUGUAUUUUUAUAUUGCAGUGGCUUAAAAACGAAGUUAUGGGAGGACAUGGGCUAAGUAACAAUCAAGGUUUUUAUCAAAUGCCGCAUUAUAGAUGAAGUAUGACUAUUUGCCUUAUAUUUUUUACAGAAGUCUCAGUUUGUGUUGAUUAAUGUAUUGUGUGUCAUUGUUUACUUAUUCCUGAUCACAUCUAUUUAUUCAAGGUUUAAUAUAUUUUUUUAACUCUCCAUCUUUUUAUAUUUGUUUUUCAUUUAACUAAAGAAUUGGUUUAUCAGGGUGCUGAUUGGAUACCAGAAAACAACUUAGUCCCCUAUGAAAAUUGAAAUCUUCCUGGUAAUGCAGGAAUGGGUUCUCUUUCCUAGGUCAUGUGCCUGAAGCUGUGUCUUAAACAAGCACAUGUUCUAUUUCUUUACAUAAGGAGAUACAGUUAGCUGAUAGUAUUAAGUACUACAAUGGUAUGAAAAAAAGUGGCUGAAUCUCAGACUCUAACACCUUUCCAUUAGCAUCUAUCCACAUUUCUCUUCUCCCCAACCCCUACAUUUCAGAUCCUCCCAGAAGUGCACAUGUUUGAACACUACCUCUUUCUGGGAAAAAUCUAAAAUUCCACACUCACUUUCUAAAGAAUAAGCUGUAUUCAUGUACCAAGCGUAUAAUUAUAAUUGUUUAUCAUAGUGGAUGUUGUUUCUAAAAUCUUUAGAAGUGAUCUGCUAUAAUUUGAUCCUUGAUUGUAUUUGCGCUAGGUUUCCCAAAUUUAAUGCACAUUAAAAUGUAUGUAUAUUAGUACUGUGAUAUACAUAUUCAGAUAUAACAUGUAAUGGGCAGAAAUAAAAUCUGAACACUUUAACCUCUCUCCGCAGCUACAUAGUAU